ACAGGUGAAGCUGAACACUGCUCUCAUUAGUUACAGAUGCAGUCACCUGCCACUCACCAGAGACCGAUGCCAGGGAGUUUCCACAGCUAUUUCUGCCCACACUUCGGAGACACUUGAGGAAUGGCUUAGACUCUGUGACUGGAUUUUGAACAUCUAUCCCAGUGAGCAAAUCAUGGCCAGCAUGGCGGUUCAGAUCCUCGGAUUCUUCUUGGGGCUUUUGGGGUUUGUGGGAACUGUUGUUGCGACUCUGCUCCCCCACUGGCGCAGCACGGCCUACGUGGGCUCCAACAUCAUCACAACCACCGCCUACAUGAAAGGCCUGUGGAUGGAGUGUGUAUGGCACAGCACCGGCAUUUACCAAUGUGAGCUGUACAGAUCUCUACUGGCACUGCCACGCGACUUGCAGGCUGCCCGGGCGCUCAUGGUGCUCUCCUGCGUCACCUCAGUCCUGGCAGCUCUGGUGUCGGUGAUGGGGAUGAAGUGUACCCGCUUUGCCCGUGACUCCAUGAUCAAGUCUCCACUGGUGCUAAGCGGGGGGAUAUGUUUCCUCUGCGCCGGCAUGCUCUGCCUGGUCACCGUGUCCUGGACCACCCACGAUGUCAUCAUGGAUUUCUACGACCCCUUCCUCCCCAGUGGGUUGAAGUAUGAGAUCGGUUUGGCCGUGUACAUCGGUUACGCCUCGGCCUGCGUCAGUCUGACGGGAGGACUGGUGCUGUGCUGGAGCAGCAGUGGUGAAAGGCCACGGAGGCCCCUCCAUGUGCAGAGGAAUCAACCACUACCACCUCCGCCUGCCUUCAACCACAUAUACCCUCCCGCUCCACCCUACAAGCCCCCCGAGGCCCUGAAGGACAAUCGUGCUCCCUCACUUUGCUCUCUUUCCAGCAGCAGUGGCUAUAGGCUCAACAACUACGUCUAAGAAUACCAACUGCAAAACUCUGGAGACUGUUAUGAACGAAAAAAAGACACGGCACAAAGGAAAAACAGUCAACUAAACACUUCUCCAACUUAAUAUCUUAACAGGUAUUUUAGCCUUUAUACCCAAGAAAGAGUUUCAAAAAUGGAAAAGGAAAGAAGUAACACCACCAUGUUUGUCCAAAAAUCUGAUUUUGAGAGGAUAUUUAAAUCUGCUCAGGCUUUCCUCUAACUUUAACACCACCAGGUCAAGGCUGAGCUUAUAAACCAAACAUAAGUCACAGUGUGUUUGUGAGAGAAAACUGAGAGCUCAAACCUUUUGACCUCCUGCUAUGUAACUGAAGGACCAGAAGGUGGCAACAUGUUACUGCAAACAGCCACAGAAGGAACUACAUAAAUAUGCAGAUUCCCCAUUUUAUGCUGUAACACACACGUUAAUGGUUCAGCCAUUGUUCUGUCACUUCCUUGUUGUAGCCUGCUUUCUAGUUGGGAUUAACUUUUUCUGGCAGUCAGUUCAAAUAUAAUAGUUAUUUUAAAGUAGAUGGAUGAUGUUUUAUGUCAGUAUUUAAUA